CAAACACACACUCAAAUUCUUCAAUGUCAUAGAGCAAAUAAGCUGAAACCAUGGCAAUGAAAACCAAGCUUUCUUUAGCUAUCUUUCUUUUCUUCCUCUUAGCCUUAUUAUGUUCAAACUUAGCUAUAGCUAUAGGAAGAGAAGAAACUGACCCAGAACUCAAAACUUGUAUACACCAAUGCAAACAACAACGCCAAUAUGAUGAAGAGGAUAAGGGAAUAUGCAUGGACAAGUGUGAGGACUAUCAUCGGAUGAAGCAAGAGCGAGAGAAACGUCAACAUCAACAUCAACGUGAACAUGAACAUCAACAUGAACGUGAACAUGAACAUGAAGAGGAUGAAAAUCCUUAUGUUUUUGAAGACAGAGAUUUUGAAACCAAAAUAGAUACAGAUGAUGGUAGAGUUAUGGCUCUAAACAUGUUUGAUCAAAAAUCAAAGCUGCUUAGAAACUUUGAGAAUUAUGGUUUGACCAUUUUAGAAGCUAAAGGACAUGCUUUUGUUUCACCACACCACUUUGAUUCUGAGGUUAUUUUCUUCAACGUCAAGGGGAGAGGAAUAAUUGGGUUGGUGAUGGAAGAUAAAACCGAGAGAUUUAACCUUGAAGCUGGUGACAUUAUGAGGGUACCUGCAGGAACACCUAUGUACUUGGUUAAUAGAGAUGAGAAUGAGAAGCUUUUUGUUGCAGCAUUGCACAUGCCACCUUCCUCUGCCUCUGCUCCAGUAAAUCUUGAGGCAUUUUUUGGGCCUGCAGGGCGAGACCCAGAAUCAGUCCUCACAGCAUUCAGCUCCAAAGUGCUCCAAGCAGCAUUCAAGAGUCCAAAAGGGAAGUUAGAAAGUUUUUUGGAUGAACAGAACAAGGGAAGAAUUUUCAAAAUACAAAAAGAAGAUCUUAGUGGCUUGGCACCUAAGAAAAGCAUUUGGCCAUUUGGUGGACAAUUUAAGAAUCCUUUCAAUAUUUUCAGCAAUAAUCCAGCCUUUUCUAACCAAUUUGGUAGUCUCUUUGAAGUUGGUCCUUCAGAAAUUACAAGUGGACUUGAUGGACUCAAUCUCAUGCUUACCUUUGCCAACAUCACCAAGGGAUCUAUGUCUACUAUUUACUACAACACAAAUGCAAACAAAAUAGCACUAGUAAUUGAUGGUGAAGGAGAAUUUGAGAUGGCAUGUCCACACAUGUCAUCAAGUUCAUCACACUCUAAACAAAGAAGGAGUAGCAGCACUUCAUACCAAAAAAUCAAUGCAAGAUUAAGGCCAGGAACAGUGUUUGUUGUCCCAGCUGGUCAUCCUUUUGUAACCAUAGCUUCCAAGAACAAUAACCUCAAGAUAGUUUGCUUUGAGGUUAAUGCACAAAGGAACAAGAAGCUUGCUUUUGCAGGGAAGAACAACAUUGUGAGUGCACUAGACAAGACAGCUAAGAAGCUAGCAUUUGAUAAAUCUGCUGAGAAGGUGGAUGAGAUAUUUAAGAGAGAUGAGGAAUUCUUUUUCCCUUAUGAUGUUGAAGAUGAGAGCAAGGAGGAGCAUGGUCGUGCUGAUGAGUGAAUAGGGUUUUAAAAGGGUGGUGACAAUGGAGGUUAUGUAAAUUAGGUCAUGGUAUGUGUAUGCAAGGAUGUGAAUGAAAUAAAAAGGACACACAUUGUUGCUUGUUAUGGCAACAUAACUAUAUGUGUUGUAUCAUGAGAGUUACAUUACAUCUAAGUUAAUGUAAGCUCUUUUCUUCGGCUUUUUUCUUCUUA